AUGGCCGGUACCAAAUUCUUGCUCGUCCUGUUGUAUUUAUUCUUUAAAAGUACCCGAUCAUCACUGCUCGACCGAAAUUUGGAUGUAUCGCAUGAGUUUGAGCUUUUUAUGAAAAACUAUAACCGGACGUAUCAAAACGACGCGGAAGAGUUGGAGCUCAGGAAGAAAUACUUUGCCCAGAAUUUGUUGAAUUUGGCGAUAUAUAAUGUUACCGAAAAAGCGGGAGGAGCAAUUUAUGGCAUUACAAGCUUUAUGGAUUGGUCUCAGGAGGAAAAGAAAGCGCUCCUUCUCGACCCAAAAUCAAUGCCGGAAAAAAAUUGCACUUGGGUCUACAAGAAUAGUCGCAACUCUUCGAAAAAUGACAAUGUCGAUUGGCGCGACACCGGAGCUGUUUCCGAUAUUAGAAACCAGGGACAAUGCGGAUCAUGCUGGGCUUUUGCCGCAACGGCCGCCGUGGAAAUUCAGGAAAAUUUUUGGAGCGGCCGAACGGGUUCGAAGAGGGUCGACUAUUCCGAGCAGUAUCUGAUCGAUUGCACCGACGCGGGCAGUUGCAAGGGUGGAUGGCCAGGGAAAGCGUUGAAGCGAAUCAAGCAAAAGGGAUUUGUUCGCGAAUCGGAAGUGCCGUACGAUGCGCACGACGAUCAAUGCCCACCACAUCUGCACUUCGAAUUCCCCGUAAACGACAUCUGGGAUGUGACGGGAAAUGUGGACCACAUCCUGGAAUGCGUUGACAUUGUUGGCCCGGUCACCGCAAGUUUCAAAGUCUGCGACGAUUUCUUCAGCUACAAAGGAGGUGUCUAUAAUCGCGAUUGCAAAGACAAGGCCGGCGGGCACGCGGUGACGAUCAUCGGAGCCGGCACAACUUCUGCUGGGGUCGACUACUGGUUGGUACGGAAUUCGUGGGGGAAGGCCUGGGGCGAGCAGGGCUAUUUUAAGAUCAAACGCGGCGUCGAUCUCUGCAGUUUCGAAAGCACUGCAAAUUUCUUGCCGAUUGUGAAUAUUUUG